UGCCAGUGCCUGAGGAAACCUGACGUAGCAUCUCCUCGGUCUCAGAGCCGCGUUUUCUUUCAACUCAAUUUUCCCUCUUUUUUCUCGAACAGCGUCUCAAAAUAAUAUACAAUGCUAGGUAGCGAAACGUCGGUCAGCCUGAUAAAAAAAAUUGUCAUAAAUCAGAGGCUGCCAGGGAUGAACUUAAGGACCAAAAGGUUUGUCCUGAACUUUGCUGCCGUGAUGUUAGGAAUGAGUAUCAUUCUCUUCAUAUAUUACGGUCACAAGCGGCACGUGAGCAAACGCUGGGACCAAGACGCGGUACCGAUGGGUCUGAGUGAAGGAAACCAGAGAGACCAACGCCAUUCUUCGGUCUUUCUUGAUUACAAGAUCACGGGCGUUCUUCCUCCGCCGGUUGAUCCGACCAGAAGCAAGGUCAUUCUCUUCUGGUCCGAGUGGUACAAGACCUUAACGUGGAAGGAUAGAUUUGGCAUGUAUGACCAGCUCGAGAAGGAAGGCUGCCCGGAGUACCGCUGCGACUUUACCUACGACAGAAACAGGCUUAGUGAAGCCGAUGCCAUUCUCUUCAAGUCUGACGACAUCCGAAUGGAUGACUUGCCCAGCCUGCGCCUGCCCCACCAGCGCUGGGUGUGGGUGGAGGUGGAGGCGCCCCUCAGCCAGCGCGGGAUCAACGCUAUGAGCAUCGUCGACGAACUCGGAAGUUACAACAUCAACUGGACCAUGUCUUACCACUCGUCUUCGGAAGUCGUUGGGAUGAACGGAUACCUGUUCACUCUCAAGUUCCCGAUUCAACCGCUGCGUUCGAACCUGAUAGCCGACCACCGACCCACCAUGAGCAUGUACCUGCAGGCUCUGGAAUCCAACACGACCCUGGAAGCCAUCAUGGGUCCCAGCUGGAGGAGCUUCGUGACACGGCCCAAGCUCGUGGUCUGGAUGUCCAGCCACUGCCCGACGUCCUCUCGCAGGGAGGACUACGUGACAGAGCUCCAGAAGUACAUUCACGUGGAAGUCUUCGGGUUCUGCGGGAAAUUCCAGUGCGGGGAACACUUCGAUGCGUUCGGGUCCACUUGCUGGGAAAGGAGACUCCGGCCGCAGUAUCUGUUUUACAUGACCAUGGAAAACAGCCUCUGUGACGAAUACAUCACCGAGAAGUUAUAUAACCCACUAAUACAUGGGCUUGUUCCUGUCGUUUAUGGAU